AAAACAUUGAGGAGCAGCUUCUUCUCUCCUGAAGACUCUCCUGCAGAUCCAGACUGAGAGGAAGAGGAGCUGAGAUUAGUUCAGCAGACAAGAAGAAGAAGAUGAGCGAUCAUAAGGUCCUUCUAAAGAUUCUAAAACAACUGAGUGAGGAAAACUUUAAAGAAUUCAAGUCAUAUGUGACAAAUGAGGGUUUCCUGGAAAACUUCCCAGCAAUCCCACCAUUUAAACUGGAAAAUAAAAACAGAGUGGAUACAGUUACUGUGAUGUUCCAAACCUACAGUGUUCACACUCUGAAAGUAACUAAAAUAGUUCUUCAAGACAUUUCUGUGAAUGACCUGGUGGAUAAAUACCUUACAGACCUACCCGAACAGUCAGGAACUCCAGCUGCUCGUGAAACAACUUCUUCUCUGGGCAAAGCAGGAGACCAUAACACCCGUGGGAUUCAAACACGAGCUCCAAAUGGCUCAGAUCUGCCCCCUGCUAAUCAGUCAUAUCUGGUCUCCAAGCCAACAGAAGAAGGUCUGGAAAAGUUUGUACUGGAGGGACAAACUAAUUCAGAGGAAGCAUUGUUGAGUCAGUUGCCUGUUAUCCAAGUCUCUAAAAUAGCUAUGCUGGGGCGCUGUAAUCUCUCCAUAAAAAGCUGUGAAGCUCUGUCCUCCGUCCUCAAAUCUCCAUCAUGUCGUCUGAAAGAGUUGGACCUGGGUUAUAACGACCUGCAGGAUUCAGGAGUGAAGCUGUUGUCUGAGGGGCUGCAGAGUCCAGACUGUAAACUGGAGACUCUUAGGCUGGAGAGCUGUAAACUCUCCACAAGAAGCUGUGAAGUUCUGUCCUCCGUCCUCAAAUCUCCAUCAUGUCUGAAAGAAUUGGACCUGAGUUGGAACAACCUGCAGGAUUCAGGAGUGAAGCUGUUGUCUGAGGGGCUGCAGAGUCCAGACUGUAAACUGGAGACUCUUACGCUGUGGAGCUGUAAACUCUCCUCAGGAAGCUGUGAAGUUCUGUCCUCCGUCCUCAAAUCUCCAUCAUGUCUGAAAGUGUUGGACCUGGGUAAUAACAACCUGCAGGAUUCAGGAGUGAAGCUGUUGUCUGAGGGGCUGCAGAGUCCAGACUGUAAACUGGAGACUCUUAGGUAAGGAAACAGAAAACUUCAGUUGUGUUUGUGAGUGUUGUUGGUGCUCAUGUUCUCCAUCACUAGAACUUCAUUUCCUGCUUCUUGAGUCUGUGACAUCUCUGUGUCUCCAUGCUGUGAACUAUUCUUUAAUCAGCUCUCUAACACAGAGCUGGCAGUACUGUGUGAAGCACGUCGUCUCCAGAUUCUUCAUCCUUCACUUCCUGCUAUGAAGAAUGUGGAGUUCUCUUCCUGUUCAAAGGAUUUAGCAGUUGGAAAAUGAUGUCCACACAUGGAAAGAAGUGACAGGAAGAAUGUGGAGCUUUCAGUCAAGUUGCUGUUUGUUCUUCACAUUCUAAUUCAUCUUUUCUGAAUUCAUUUCCUGCUUUAACACAAGAUCAUAGAAAACACAUUCAAACUAAAACUACAGAAACGUCUAGAAAAGCUCAGAGAUCUCAGUGCUGACACACUAUUUCUACAGUUCACUGAAUGACUUUCAUUGCUUUAAAUUAUUGUUUUAUUUGUAUUUAAAAGUUGAUCUUCUCUCUAGUAGAGUGUUUUUCUGCAGAGCUUCAGGUUCACUUGUUUUAUACACAAAGCAGGUUUUUCUUUUUAAAGAAAAGUUUGUA